AUGUCUCUCACCAGACCUCUGUCUGCAUCUCUCCGCAUCAGCAACAGACUCCUUACAAUCCGCAAUCACCUCCAUCCCUCACCGUCAAUUAUAACCCCUCUGCCGCUUCAACCGCAGAGACGCAUCACCAUGUCUCUCCCCAAAACCCAGAAGGUCGUCCUUAUCGAAAAAACCGGUGGACCCGAAGUCCUCCAGUACAGAACAGACUACCCCGUCCCAACCCCCAAGGAAGGCCAGUUACUCGUGAAGAAUCACCUCUCCGGCAUAAACUUCAUCGACACCUACUUCCGCUCAGGCCUGUAUCCAUCUCCCAAACCCGAAGUCCUCGGCCGAGAAGCCGUGGGUACCAUCGUCGCAGUCGGGCCCGGUCCCAAUCCGUAUAACUUCCAAGUGGGUGAUCGUGUCGCUUGGCUCGGUACGGGGUCGUAUUCCGAGUACACUGCCGUUCCUGCGGCAAAGACCGUCAAGAUCCCCAAUGGAAUUGAGGAUGAGAAAGUCCUGGCGUCGUUGCUGAGCGGAUUGACCGUGCUCACCCUUGCUAAGGAGACUUAUCCCGUCAAGAAGGGGGAAUGGGUGCUACUGCAUGCUGCUGCGGGUGGGGCGGGAUAUCUGAUGACGCAGGUGCUCAAGCAGAUUGGUGCCAAGGUUAUUGGUACAGCAGGAGGCCCUGAGAAGGUUGCGUUGGUGAAGAGCCUCGGUGCGGAUGUGGUGAUUGAUUAUCGCAGCGAGGAGGGGAAGGACUGGGUUAAGAAGGUCAAGGAAGUAACUGGAGGCCAGGGCGUGGAUGUGGUCUAUGAUUCCGUUGCAAAGGAUACCUGGGAGGGAAGUCUGGAGGUUGUUAAAAGGAAGGGGACCAUCGUUUGGUUUGGCAAUGCCAGCGGUCCGGUUCCUCCACUCAAUCUUGCAAUACUCUCCCCUAAGUGUGUCAAGGUCGCCCGGCCCAUGCUAUUCGGCUACAUCCAGACGAGGGAAGAGUUCGAGUUCUACACCAACGAGCUCUUCAAUCUGCUCAAGUCCGGCCAGCUGAAGGUCAGGAUCCACAAGAUCUAUCCUUUGGCAGAAGCAGCUCAAGCUCAGAGUGAUCUCGAAGCACGAAAGACCACCGGCAAGCUGCUCCUGCGGCCAUGA